GCGCGGUGUGCCACCAUGUUCAGCAAGAAGUCCUACGAUGGCCCCCCGGUGGGGUACGGCCCCCCAGUGGGGUACGGCCCCCCCACGGGUGAUUACGGCUACGGGUCACCGCCGCCGGGCUCCUACUACGUGGAGGACACCCCGCAGCACUUCUACAAGUGGACGUCGCCUCCCGGCGUGGUGCGGGGGCUGCAGGCGGGGAUCCUGGUGCUGUGCAUCGCCAUCUUCGCCUGCGUCGCAUCCACGCUCGUCUGGGACUACAGCCUGGGGGGGACCUACAGCACCGGGCUGGGGGGGUAUUACGGCUCCAACUACUACUAUGGCAGCGGGCUGAGCUACAGCUAUGGCUACGGGAGCUACUACGGAACGGUGAACCAGCGCACGGCCAACGGCUUCAUGAUGGCUAUGGCCGUGCUGUGCUUCCUGGCCCAGCUGGGGCUGCUGGUGGCGGCGCUCAGCAAAUCCAGGGCCAUGCGCUCGCGGCGCUUCUACCUGUUGGUCCUGGUGCUGAGCGCUGUGCUGGCCUUCGUCAUGCUCAUCGCCUCCAUCGUCUACAUCAUAGGUGUCAACCCACAGGCACAGAUGUCCAGCAGUUACUACUACAGCCCCUUGCUAGCCAUGUGCAGCCAGGCCUAUAGCACCACCUACCUCAACCAGUACAUCUACCACUACUGCACCGUGGACCCCCAGGAGGCCGUGGCUGCUGUCUGUGGGUUC